AUGUAUGUGAAAUGGUUUGAUACAGUAAUGUUUUACUAUUUGAUUUUAGUGUAUUUAGUGAAGUCACUUUUUGUCAUUUUCAAAUUUCCCACCAGUUCCGUCCCCCAUACGUCCCGACGCACGCAGGGGACGGAACCCAGAAGACAGAUGCCGGCAUCCGCCGGAUUACAUUGCUGGGGACACUGCAGGAGGGACAUCGCGGGAGCGCAGGACAAGGUAAGUGAAGAACAGAUGCCGGAGCAGCACCGCAUGGUAAGCCCGAGUGUAGCUCGGGGUUACCGCUUUUGCUACACUCGGGAAUACCGUCAGGGAGGCUAC